AUGAAUCAAUCGCUGAAGUUUGGCCGACAGUGGGGCAAGGUGUACUAUGUCAGCGAUUACGAAGAGAUCCUCACCCAUGAAACCGCUCUGCACCUUCGUAGCGGUGCCGCGACGCCCGGGUUGCUCUUCUUCAUCCCACUCACUGAUAAUCAUUCUGGUCAUAGCUCUUCGCACACCGUGAAGGUUUCACUGAACGAGCCGGAGUUGACCAUAUGCUGGGUUAAUAAUGCAGCAGGCGUGCUGCACAAAGCGAAGAUGCCCACUGCCGCGAGUUUUUGGUCGCUCGCGGGGCGCUGCUUCAGCGAGAACGACAAGGAUGCUCGCCCACAGAGCAACAAGCCCUUCUGGCGCACGUUCUGCAAUGCCUGCGUCGUGCUCCUUCUGUGUUCCACGACUGGCUACCUGUUAUGGGUUGUGGCGGGCUAUUUCCUUUGA